UCAAGUGAAGAGCGAAGCGGUACGAGUUUGAUCGUUCCAACCACACAUUGGUAUCAAACCGAUAAAACGGGACCCAACAUGGUUCCAACUCGUCGUACAACUCUCCUCAAAAUCAGUAGAACUAAGAGUACAAUUUGAGGUCAUCCUACGUAUCGGAGGGCAUAAAAGGGAGGAGUCGAGAGGCUGGCGUGAUUCCGUCGUUCCGGAUAUUGAACUGCGCACUGCUGGAAGCGCAAUCGUCGGCCGAAUGCACCCAAGAAUACAAGCAACUUAGAUUAGGCCUCAACAAAAUUAGAAACCCAUCAGCAAACAAAACACACACACAAAAAAAAACUGAAUGGCAAAUUGGAUUGAAGCCGUUGAUUUUUCUGCGCCGGCAGUUUGCUCAACAUUUGUCCAUUUUUGAUUCUUUACACUUGAUUGUAGACUGCUGGUAUCUAAACGAUGGCUAAGAAGCCCGUGAAGAAACCCGAAUACCCCGAGGAGAGUCGAAUUUGUGGUUUAAUUUUUAUAUGCCAGUUGAUCGCCGUUUUAAGUGCUGUGUCUAUCGUUUAUUUGACUGUUGCUUCCUAUGUCCCGUCCAUCAAAGCCAUCGCCUCAACAUAUGAAGAGUAUCCGGUAAUAUGCACAACAACUCUGGCUGAUGAUUCGGUGGAAAAUUGCACAUGGUUAUCUUGUUUCGAAUGGUGCCUGACCAAAUCAUCCGGUCUGUGCAUGCAAAUUUGGGUCUCUGUCCGGCAGAAUGGAUCCGAGCUCAGUUUCGAUCAGUGUCAGGAUCGGGUCGAACAAUCAUGUGCUACCGAUGAUUUAAUUCCAUCUCAUCGACAUCUCUGUCGAAAAGAUCAAUGCGAAAAUCUCUUAGGUCUGUUCAACUGCACUAACGGAGUUUGCGUCAACGUGACCUCUGCCAUGACAUGCAAUAAGUUCACUAAUCUUGGCCAUCAAAUAAGUUUGAAACAACGGAUUAACUGCCAAGCGUUGGACGGAUUUUAUACUUGCACCGCAAGUUACUGUAUGGAAAUUCUGAAGCCUUACUCGUGCGAUCGCCGUUGCAGUGAUAUGACAGUCCACGAUCCUCAAGGAUCGCAGAUACGCAACGUCAUUCUCUUCAACAAUGACCGCUUGGUAAUGGCCGGAUGUCAUGGUUUGGUUUCAGAUCGGCCCAGUGGCGAAGUAAUUUGGAAUCCGGUGUUAGAUCCAGAGGAAAUUCUUAUGGUCAGCUGCACGCACGUUGGUAACGGUUCUCCAGACGGACAACUGCUAGCAGUUGACUGUGUCAAUGCCUCUCUCGUCCAGGCAAAUUAUCUAAAGGACAAUUUCAGUUUACCCACUCUGAUGUCUGCUUAUCAAAAUUCUAUAAUAAACCGAAGAUUGCCAUCGACUCCACAAACAAAUCGUCAAGUGCCGCUCGAAAAUGAAUUGGUCAUUUAUAACCGGAGUAAGCUUCUUGUCAAUCUGGAGUUUUGUGUCAAUACACUCCGUGACGAGUGUCGUGAAUUUUUCGCCAUCCACGGACGAGACGGAAGAGACUUACGAUCUCCAGCGCGUUUUCCUUGCUACUACGCACCUGAUAAAAACGACUCUGUGAUCACCAAGUUCAAUCGCAACAAAGUCAUUUUCGAUUUUGCGCUCUCGGCAGCCGUUCCAGGUGUUCUCUUCGUGUUCUCCUGUUCCUGUCUCGUUCUUUGUACAAGGAUUGUAGGCAUAGGACCUGACGCUCAUAUGCAAAUUAUGGGAUUUCGCCGCACAGCCGAGCUCAAGAUGGAAGCUUCUAACGUAGAGGCCGAAUUGCUACCGAACGACUCCAGUAAUCGGAACGGAAAGAAACAUUCAAGCCAACAACGACCUGAUGGCUAAUAGAACUCUUUACAACAUAUGGUAACCUUCAGAAGGAUUGAAACUUUUAAGAUUUUCUUUGGGGUUUUGGACAUCACGUUCUCUAUCAUUUAUUUAUCCGGCUAAUUUAUGUUUCAGAGACAUGCGUGAAAAUUUUGAUUAGUACAGAUUGCAGCUAGCCUACCCUCUUGGGAAAAAAAUUUGCUCGAUGAGAAGCUUUACAUAAUGCGCAAAUGUUUUACUUUUAAUCUGAAGAGUAGCUCAUUGAAUGUAAAGGAUUAUGAUCACUCCUGAAGAUCUGUACAGUUAAUCGUACAGAAGAGUGGCUUUUACAAAUCAGAAAACAAGUGAGAACUGUCGAUGGGCAAUUCUUAAUAUCUUUCAUAUUUACGCGUACUUCAGUCUAAAAUUACUAACGGGUGUGAACACGAACUAUCAGUCUAGUUUAAUAAGGAUUUUUGACAAUCUUCGAAUUAGGGAAUGUGGCUUAGGUGUUGCUUGAUUCAUGGUUAGAUUUAUCCUUUGGCGUGAAAAUUCGGUUAUACAUUCACAGAUUGGCUUUAUAUUAAAAUGAAUUGUUGGUCGAGUGCAUGACUUGCGAAUCAAUUAUCACCUUCUCUCUCACAAAGUACGAUUUAAAAGAUUUCUUUCUUGGAAUUUCUAAUACAAUCUAUUAACACA